AUGGUAGCUAUUCGUAUCAGCAGCUCUUUAAAUGCCUUGAGGGCUACCCGGAUACGCGCUCCUCGAGCUUGCCGUACCUUUUCAGCCAGUCCCCGUUACUUCUCACCAGGUUAUGGUGAUGGAGAGGGAGACCCCGUUGGACAGGACCCUCAGAACCAGCCAGCAUCAAAUGAUGCGCAGCAUUCAUCAGAACACCCUGGCCCAAGCCCACCAGACGUGGGUAAGGGGACAGGAGGCGGUCCUACGAAGGCCGCCUUGUCAGAGGGUAUGAAAAAUGCUGCCGCUCAUGAAUCCGGACAGAAGUCCCCCGAGGACGCCAGCGCACAGUCCGGGGGAUCCAGAUCCAAAGAGGCCACCGAGACAGGAGGAAGUCCCACUGGCGGGAGUAUUGCCAACGCGGCGAGCCAGAAUGGAGGUGAGGGGUUGAAGGGUCCUCAGGGCAAGGGCACACCUAGUCCCAAGAUCCAUAACCAGGCGAUUCCCGCCGUUAAGGAAGGCCUGAGUGACGAACAAAAACAGGAAGUCGAAAGACAUAACGAGGACUUCGAAAAACGUCACGACCGGGCGGCACCCGCCUCAGAUGACAAGGUCGACCCUAAGUUCUGGAAAGGGACCCAGCACAGCGUUUCGAUCAACUCACUAUAUGAUUUCGAUGUGAUCCCAUGGAUAGCGAGGCAUAUACUAGACAGAGAUUCGAUGGCGGAUGAGGAUCUCCUGCAUAGGAUUCACGGAUUGGAGGAUUUGGAUCUGGCAGCGCUUUUAUGUCUCGUUAGUCGCGAACACUGCAUCGUCAGCACCGAACCAGAAGAGCUCGACACUCUGGUUGAAGAACUACGACUCGUCGUUUCGCAGACCUUCAACCUGUCAUCCGCUCUCGUAGAUUGUACACCACAUACCACUCUCGACGACCUCGCCGCCUCUAUCCAGCUUCGCCCAGCUACACCACCACCGCAGCUCUAUCCUCCAACUCCGCGCACUCCAUCGGCCUCCCCCCUUCGACGCCGAGGAACCGAUGCAUCCUACUUCCACGGUAGAACUGCGACUCCCACUACUCCGAGAAACCAAAACCCAUUUACCGGGACAUCACCGCAGAUCGCCAACGUAAUCCUAGCGAAGAAUCUCGACCGAGCCCCUAAGGAUGUACAAAUCCAAUGUCUAGAACUCCUACGGACCAGGCGGAUCCUGACGCGCACCAGCGUGCAGACAGCACCUAAGCAGUUCCUGUUCGUGGCCGUGCUCGAGUCCGCGGGUGCGGGACGGCUCGUGUCUCACCUGAAUGACUUCUUUUAUGUUUCACACUGGCACGAUCCCGAGGAUGGCUUUGCGCAUUUAGAAGAGGAAGAAGAUAGAAAAGGAGGAGAGACGGCUAGUCUAGAUAGUGCUUCGAGUGUAGUUCGGCGGAGCACCGUGGACUCGAUGUCCGCUCCCGUACUUACGUCUACGCCUCGGGCGGGUCCAAGUCGUAGCAGCGCGACCUACGUAAACCGGGAAGAUCAACUCGCCACGGACCAAAUAUCCCUCUCUAGCUCACGCGCACCUUCAUUCUCGUUCCCAUCUAUCAGCGAGUCCGAUAUCGCAACGCUGGCGUUGCAGGCGCGACAGGUCAACCAGGAAAUUGAGGUGCUGCGGUAUCAGAUGAACAUCGUGUCCUUUAUACGUAUGCAUCGAGCCGUUGCGCCAGGCGGAGGCGGCGCGACACCUUUAGCUACCAAGCACCUCGAUCAACUGGCCAAGUGUCUAGCUGCAUUGCACGGCCUCGACUACGUUACCCCGUCUCUAGUUGGGCUUGCAGUUAAGAAGAUAUACCCGCAUCGCAUCCGGAUCGCUGCCCCGGGCCAGGAACGUAGCAUGCAAUGGGGCAGUGAUCUUGGGGCUAUUGAGGCACUGCUGGAGGGUAUGGACGCGGAGUAUGUGAUAGAGGAUGUAUUGAGUAUGGUUGAGGCACCGUUAUAG